AUGAGCUUUUUGGGGCCUAAAUUGCUUUUGAAAAUUGACAAUAGAUUACGUCAAGCAUUCCCUCGCCAGCAACACGAACCAUUUGGAGGCCUCUCAAUCAUCCUUGUAGGCGACCUCGGCCAACUACCUCCAGUGAUGGACAAGCCUUUGUAUGCCUCGCAUUCUACAGCCCUUGCAUUAUGGCACUCCUUUCAAACUGUUGUUACCUUAGAUACAAGUUUCCGACAACAAGGUGCCUCAAACAUCCAACAACAAUUUCGUGCAAUCUUGCAAAACAUUAGAAAUGCCAAUCCACUCCAAACAAAUUGGGAAGCUCUUAUGUCUCGAUCCUCUUCCAAACUGCCUAUAGAUCAUAACAAGCACUUUGACAAUUCAAUUCAUUUGUUUGCAACAAAUGCAUCUGUCAAACACCACAAUACUAAAAUGUUAAAACAAUUACACUUACCUGUUGCAAGAUGUCUCGCCCAAAAUUCAAGGCAAACAAACCCUGAAUAUAAUAAUGAUGAGCAACUUCCUUCAGAAUUGCUCCUCUCCCUUAAUGAACAAGUUAUGUUGAUUGCUAAUCUAUGGAUACAAGCUGGUUUGGUCAAUGGAUCAUUAGGACAAAUCAGAUCCAUUAUCUAUGAUACAGAUUCUAGACCUCCUGACUUGCCAAAGUAUGUGGUCGUUGAAUUCAAAAAUUAUUCUGGCCCUCAUUGGGACAAUGCAAAUCCAAAAUUUGUCCCUAUACCACCUAUCACUCGAGGCAGCCGCACCCAGCUCCCCCUUGCAAUGGCUUGGGCCCUUACUAUUCACAAAUCCCAAGGCCUCACUUUGGACAAAGCAACAGUCGACAUUGGCAAGGCUGAAAAACAAGGGCUGACCUUCACUGCACUGUCACGAGUGAAGUCUCUUCAUGAUCUAAGAACAGAGCCACUUUUCAGUUUUGAAAGAUAUUCAAAAUUACAAAGCAAUGCUUAUACAACUAUGAGGAAAAAAGAGGAAAACAGAUUGAGUGCUCUCUCCAUUCAGAUAUCUGCAUCGCCUCCCCACCAACAACUCUAA